AACUGCUCUGCAGAAAGAGGUAGAGACCAAGGUGCAGAGUUUGGAUGAUAUUGUAAAGAAUACUCCUUUAGUUCUCAAGUUUGUGGUCAGCUAUAACAGGUCUGGGCGAGGAGGAUAUUUACUCCGGCAGUUACUUGGUCCAAUAAUUAAACAAGUUCUAGAUGAUCGGAACCUUAAAAUUAAUGUUUCACCUGUAGAGGUUUAUAAAACCUGGAUAAACCAGACUGAGAGUGAGACAGGACAGCCUGCUGGAUUACCUUAUGACGUCACAUUAGAGACUGCUCUGAAAUAUGAAGAGGUUCAGAAAAGACUAGAGAAAUCAAUCAGUACCCUGAAGAGAGUCUCUACCCUUUUCCUUGCUACAAUCACGAAUAAUCUAGCCAAGCUUCCUUACGGAAUUCUUUAUAUUGCAAAGGUUCUGUAUAGCUGUUUAAGUGCCAAGUUUCCUGAGGCACACGAGAAAGAUAUUCUAAAGAUUAUUGGAAACCUAAUCUACUAUAAGUUCAUCAAUCCAGCAAUAGUUUCACCAGACAGAUUUGAUAUGAUUGACAAGAGACAAGAUCCCAACUUGAAUCAUGAGCAGAGACGAAACCUGGCACAUAUUGCAAAGAUUUUGCAAUAUUCAGCUAGCAAACUAGGGUUUGGAACUGAAUCUCCACAUCUAGUGUGCAUGAACCCAUUCAUUAUAGAAUGCCAUGAAAAAUUCAAACAUUUCUUUUCCAACUGCUGUCAGGUUGUGGAACCGGAGACACAGUUUGAGAUUGACAAAUAUACUGAAGCAGCACUUAUUGCCAAACCAAAUAUCUAUAUAAGUUUGUCUGAGCUGUGUGAUACCCACGAACUUCUGAUUCAGCAUAGAGACACAGUUAUAACCCAUUCAGGAGAUCCCCUGAUACCUCUCCUCACAACAUUAGGGAGCCCCUCUCUCUCCUCCCUCCUGGGGGCUGGGGAGGGGGACUGCUCAUCCCUCUCCGCCCUCGGUAGGACAGAGGUGUGUCUAAUACUCAAUCCAAUCAACGAGGGAAAUCUAAGAAAGGAUAUGUCGGAUACGGAUAGGUUGUGGGUGAAAACCAAACAUUUACUCCUUGCUAUUCUUCCUGCAAUACACUUUACAGAUAAACAGACAUUAAUAGGUAUCCUGAAGUCCCGAACCUCGCAGGAUCAGGAGGAGGAGUACAGGAGGAUCCUGGACAGAAGGGAGGAUGAGGUCCAGGCUACCAGGCACAAGGAUCUAGAAAUAUUCGAUAUAUUCUCAGACGAGGAGGGGAGGUUACCCCUGGAGGACGCUAAAAGGCUGGUUCUCAAGAAUCUCAGGAUAUUAGAGGUGCAAGGGUAUACCAGUAGCAAGGAUGGAUGCCAGAGUAUAAUAACAGAUAUUGCCAAGGAUAUACUGGAUCAAAGAGAGCACAGAGUUAACAGACGACGUGAAUCCUUGAGGUUACGAAGAACUAAACGGGAUCUGGUCAAGAAACAAGAAUAUAUGAUAGAACAGCUAGAACAGUACAGGUACAGUAUAGAACAGCUAGAAUAGUACAGGUACAGGAUA